AACAUAAACACACAUUCCUCUCAAAUUUCUCAUUUGGCUAUCAGAAGAAGAAAAGUUAACUAUUGUUGUUUGAUAAUGGCAGAGGCAUUUCUUCAACUCCUUCUUGACAAUUUGAGCUCUCUUAUCAAGGAGGAGAUCGGACUGAUCUUGGGCGUCGAUGAUGAGAUGAAGAAACUCUGCAGCACUCUCACCACCAUCCAAGCUGUGCUGGAGGAUGCCGAAGACAAGCAAAUCAAGAGCAAGCCAAUUCGAAACUGGCUUCAAAAGCUCACCGCUAUUGCUUACGAGGUUGAUGACAUAUUGGAUGAGUGCAACACUCAUGUCUCCAAACUCAACCACUCUCAUUCCAAACUCAGCCGCUACAGCCUCAAGAAAUUAUUGUAUCGCCACAACAUCGCAAGGAGAAUGAAGCAAGUCAACGAGAAAGUGGAGGCUGUUGCUGCGGAACGUGCUAAGUUUCAUCUGCGCGAGAUGCCUAUUGAUAGACCAAGAGAAGUUGCUAUUGCGUCACGUGAGACAGCUUCCCUGUUGAACGAGCCUGAUAAGAUUUAUGGCAGGGAAGAAGAUAAAGACAAGAUUGUGAAGACGUUGUUGAAUGAUGUGAAGAACAGGCAUGAGAUGUCUGUGCUGCCAGUUAUCGGUGUUGGCGGCCUUGGGAAGACCACUCUCGCUCGACUAGUUUUCAACGAUCCACAGGUGGAAGAGCACUUUGAUCUAAGAAUUUGGGUUUGUGUUUCUGAUAACUUUGAAAUGAAGACUCUGGCGAAGGCCAUGAUUGAAUCUGCGACGGGAAGAGGAAAAGCAUGGGAUCUUCAGCACUUGGAUGCUAUAGAGCGUCGCCUCUGGGAAUUGUUGAGCAAAAAAAGAUAUUUGAUUGUGAUGGAUGAUGUUUGGAAUGACCACCAGGAUAAAUGGUUUGUGUUGAGAGAUGUUUUAUCAUGUGGCUCAGCCGGUUCGUCGGUUGUCGUCACCACACGCCAGAAGAAGGUUGCUGAUAUAAUGACAACACUUCCAUGUCAUUGUCUUGAGGGGCUGUCGGAUGAGCACUGUUGGGCGCUGCUGCAGCAGCGCGCCUUCGGACCAAAUGAAGAGGUGUCUCCACAGCUGGAGACAAUUGGGAAACAGAUCGUGAAGAAAUGUGCUGGAGUGCCCCUGGCUGCUACAACACUUGGUGGAAUCGUACGGUUUAAAAGAAAGGAAGAGGAAUGGAUAUAUGUGAGAGACAAUGAUAUAUGGAAGUUGUCGCCUGAGGAGAGUUUGAUAGUGCCAGCUUUGAGAUUGAGUUAUCAUCAUCUUCCGUUGGAGCUUAGGCAAUGCUUUGCGUAUUUUGCAGCAUUUCCUAAGGACCAUUACAUUGAAAAAGAAGAACUGGUUCUUCUAUGGAUGGCUCAUGGCCACAUUUCAUCAAAGGGGACUUUACAAGUGGAAGAUGUUGGAAAUCAAAUAUGUAAUGAGCUACUUCUUCGAUCGCUUCUACAAACAAAUGUGGAUAACAAGAGUGAGAUUGGUAUGCAUGAUCUUGUUCAUGAUCUGGCAGAAUCAAUAAUGGAGAACAAAGUUCCUGGAGUACAAAGUGAGAGAAAUCUCACAAGUGCAUCAACUAUCCGCGAGGUAAAUUUGCUACAAAAAACUUCCUUGUUUCCUAAAACUUUUCAAAAAGAUAUGAGCAUUACUUCCAUCUCGGAGCUAAGAAGUUUAAGAGUAUUAAAAGCAAAAGCAAUAGAAGAUUUGCCUCCUUCCAUUGGCAAUCAUAAACAUUUGCGAUCCUUGAAUUUGUCUAAUUCUGAAAUUCAAACUCUCCCCAACUCGUUAUGUACACUUUGGAACUUGCAAAUCCUCAACUUGGAUGGAUGUGUUAGGCUUGUGGCUUUACCUAAGAAGCUCACAUCCUUACAUAAUCUUCAACAUCUAUGUUUGUGGGGCUGCGAGUCAUUGUGUGAGAUGCCAUCCAAAAUGAGAGAGUUAAAUGGCCUGAAAACAUUAAGUAUGUUUGUUGUCGGUCUCAAGAGAGAUAACCAACUUGAGGAACUGGAAUGUUUGAACCUCAGUGGAAGGCUUCAUAUUAGGCAUUUGGAGAGAGUAAAAGACCAUAUGGAUGCAAAGAAAGCAAAGAUUGCGGAGAAAAACAAUCUUUCAGAGUUGAAAUUGUCGUGGGAAAGAAAUGGUCGAUCCAAGUCAGAGGAGGAUCUUGAUGAAAAGGUGUUGGAAGCACUUGAACCUCACCACAAUCUUGAAAAACUUUAUAUAGUAGGCUUCAGUGGUAGAUAUCUUCCAGAUUGGAUGAAAAAUUCAUGUCUAGGAAAAGUAGUUUUGAUUUAUAUAUGGAAUUGCAAAAAUUGUAAGCGUUUUCCAAAUCUGGGAGGGCUACCUUGUCUCAAGUCGCUGUUCUUAGAUGAUGUGGGGGUGGAGUAUAUUAUUGAUAAAGAAGGAGGAGUUGGGAGUGGACACCCGGGAAAGAUACAGUUUGUGGCUCUCAUAAAUCUGGUAUUAAUUGGUCUCCCAAAUCUGAAGGGGCUCUCAAAGGAGCAAGGGAUUAAAGAAGCAUUCCCAAAUCUUGAAAGACUAUGGAUUGAGCGUUGCUCUUCAUUAAUACUGCCACCACUCUCAUCCCUCCAAAAGUUGGAGUCACUAACAUGCAGUAGCUCAACUUUGGGUUUAUUAUCUGAGCAUGAAAUUCCUAGGGAAUUGCGUGUGGAAGUCGAAGAGAGCCUGACAUGUUUCCCAAUAGAAAUGUUGGCAAAGUUCCAUAAGCUCCGGUGGCUAACAAUUAUGGGUGCAAAAGAUAUCUGUGUGACAAGAGAAGGUCUGCAAGCCUUAAAAGAGCUUACAAGUUUAUAUCUACGAAAUUGUAGAAUAAGAUGUUUACCAGAAGGGAUGUUGCGCCACCUUACUGCUCUGGUUAUGCUCAAUAUAUGGGAUUGCCGAGAGAUAGUAGAGCUGCCAGAGGAUAUUAAACAACUCCAUAAUCUUGCCGGGCUUGAGCUACAUUUUCUUCCCAAGAUGACGCGCUUGCCUCAAGCCUUUCAGUACCUCACUCGGCUAGAGCUAAGGGAUCUUCCCGAGCUCGAAUCACUCCCAGAUCACCUACCUUAUCUUAUUACACUCGAAGUUACAGACUGCCCAAAGAUUGUAACGAUUCCAGCUCUGCCAAAUCUGGAUGAGCUAAGAGUCACUGGUUGCCCACAACUGCAAAGGCGAUGUCAGAGAGGAAGAGGAGAGGAUUGGCACAAGAUUGCCCACGUUCGCCGCAUCUAUAUUUCUCCAUAUUAACUCAAAUAUAUAGGCUUAUGUUAGUUUCAGAAUAUUUCUAUGGGCUGAAGAUAGAGAUUCCUGUUAUCGAAUGGAAAGGAAUGGGUUUCAAAUUCCAAGUAACAAGUGAGGGAAAUGAAUCAAAUGAUUAUAGCCAA